AGUGUCAACGCGACGACAGUACUGCGCUGUGCUUUGCGCUUGCUUGUUUCACUCGUUUCAGCAUUUCAGUCAGCCCUGUGUUCUAUUGGAUUUGGUUAUCUUAUUGUUUUUUGGGUGAAAUGUGAAGAAAUAGAAUAAUUAGACACUAUUUGAUAAUUUCAUACGAUACGCUUUUAUAUAUGAGUGGCAUUCUAGAUAUACAGUUUCAUUUAAAUAUCUAAUCAUGAUAAUUCGUUGCGGGCUCAUGUUAUUGUUUUUGAGUUGUGUGAAGUCGAACAAGAUUGGUUUUCAUGAGAAUGAAGUGGUUGUGAGCAAUGACUUGGACAGAAUAUUUUCGUAUUCAUUUUGGCCUUCCUUACACAAUGGAGCCAAAAUGAUGAAAUUAAGAAAACGGCAAGUUCAGGAGCCAAAGGUUUUAAACGAGGCUGGUGACGUAAAGUCGAAUGAAAAUUCGACCUUACCUCUACCGGUUGCAGUCCAGUCCAAUAAUGAAACCAAUAAAAUAGACAACACAAGAUCAGAUACCUCCAAGCCUGCCCCAGGAAACAGCACUAUUGACAACAAGACUGUUAAAACUUCAAAGGCAUCACAGAAUACAACAGUUAUAAAUAAAACAGUUGACAUGCCAUUGGUGCCUGGGAAUGAAACUAUGCACAAUGAAACUGCGGCCAAAACAAUACCAGCUGAUAAAAACAAUCCUGGAGUACUGACUCGAGCUUUGAUCGUCUUUGGAGGGUUUGGAAUUAUGGCCGUGGCUUAUUUAAUAUUUUACAGGAGAAAGGGCAAGAAUAAUGACAUGAAUAGCACUCAUGGAAUAAAUGAUGCGAACCAGUUCCGAUAUGGUAUCCUUCAGUCGGACGACCGGAGAGAUAACUUGGAGCUGUCUCGAGUGCCGCUAACCAUGGAGUCGGAUGAGGAUGAAGAAGAUGACUUAGAGAUCUUUGACCUGGAACAGAAGAAAAAGUCACUUUCCUACGUGAACUUGCAAACUCACGAUGAGGACGUCGUGUUUCCGAACUCAUCAGAAAAUAACAUCGAAAAUGACAAAGACAAUCUAUUGUUAGACAUUGACGACGCAUCUUUAGAUAAUAUGUUGAAUUGGUCUAAUAAUGGUAACAAGUCCAUAUUAUAAUUUCUACAUAGUUAGGAGUUGAUGCAUUCGUAACCGCAUGGUCGCCAAUUGAGGGCCUGUAAAAUUUUAUACGCAUUUAAUUUUGUUUUUGUGGUUAUUCUACGAUUUCUAAAUGAUAGCUAUUACUGUUUUAAUCGAUGUUGGUAUUUUUUAUAUAUAAGUACAUUUAUUUUGCAUAAAUUUGUGAGUUAAAAUUUCCAGUUUAUUUUAAGCGCCAAAUAGGCUGCGUGAAUUCGCUGCGUUAAAAAUGAUAGAGCGAGAUAUUAAUGUGAGUGAAGAAGAUACAAAAUAAUACGAAACAAAGAGAAAAACCUGGUUAGUGUGAACGAAGGCGCGGGAGCAUGCGUGUUAGCAGUGUUCGCAGUGAGUCUACUUGGCGCUUUAAACCGACACUAUUUAGUUGUGUAAAAUGUAAGAAAAUCAUCUAAGAUCCACCAAUUCUGACUCAUAUUCACGUCUGGCACAUAUUAUAUUACAGAAACUGUCGGGCUCGAUGAAACAUAGCACGCGUGCCUUCAUGUAUUGCCGAGAACAUACAUUUGAAUUAAUAAUAGAACUAAUUGUGUACUAGUAACGCUGGUACUACAUUAAUGGCAGUUCGCCUUGGCGGUUUAGAUGUACAUAGCUAGAUUUUCCAUACAGUAUGAGCUUUUUUAUUAGAAAUUCGAAAACACCAAACCUAGGUGUCUAUUCUAUUAACGUAACAUCAUAGUCGUCUCUUAUUCGUGUUUCAAUAGAAAAGCUUUCAUGCUACUAUAAUGUAAACUAACAUUACUAUUGUAAUAAACAUUGAGACACGAUUAUUAAUAUCAGCGAAUUCGUUCUCAGAUAACACCCGUGUAAAAUCUGCUAACGUUAAACUAUUAACCGUAAGGUUGUUUUUCUAUAGUAGUUCUUAUUAACUCGAAAUAAGAACUAUUUUUAAGACCUGAUAAUGUCUCACUGUUAAUAGAAUUAACACAAUGUGGUAAAUUCAAUUGAGAAAAUUAUUUAUUUUUGCAUUUUGUCUCCUUACCAUCAUUCCUUAAGACACGAAUAUAGUAGGAGUCUUUUGACGCACAACAUAUCGCUGUUCCAUUGUCUCCAGUGAAAUAGCUCAUAUUCGAUCUCACUCGUGUAAAUUGUAAUGAAAAGGAAAGAAAGAUAUGUUGCGCAUCAUGUUUCCUAGUCUAGUGUAUUUGUGCCUUUACACUAUAGUUGACCUUUGCAUGUAAUAAACGCGCGAAUUUACCAAGCCUGUUCUAAUUAGGUACAUACUGCCAAAUAUUCUCUAAAAUGUUCUUAUUCGCUGUUCUAAAUACAUUUGCUUUUAGAGUAUUGGUCCAAUUGUUGUGUCCAUAUAGUCACGUUUGAAUGGUUCCAUUGAAUCUCAUACAGGUUAUUUUCGUUUCACUAGCAUAGUCCACCUAUGGUCAACUCUAUUAAUUUAUUUAUAUUCUGACGACUCUAUGGCCUAAUGGUCAAUAUGUUUGACAACAAAAUCUUGGUUCCGGUUUGGAUAUUUAUUUAUAAAACUACUUAUGAAACUAGUGAAAUUAAAAUAACCCUGUAGGUAGUACAUAAAUCAGAAUCACGUCCACUAAUAUUAUAGACCAAAAAAUAUAUUUUAUGUGCAUAUGCCGACGUCGUUAAAAUAAGUGCCAUUUUCAAAAAAAUCUCUUACAUUGAUUGCAUGACAUGACUUCUUAGGUUAAAAUUAUAUAUAGUCUGUCAAGAAAGUGAAGAAAUGAAACGAGGGCGCUCAUCUGUUGUCUGGCAACACUGGGUGUUUAUCAACCAAUCUUGACAGUUAUUGAAAUGUCAUCAAUAUUGAAAUGUCAUCAAUAUUGAAAUGUCAAAAAAUCCGUUUACUUUCUUGACGGACUCCAUAUAUUCAGCGUCGUUUAGCUUUACAAGACACCUUUCUUUAAAAAAAAUUAAAUAAUUAAUAUCUCCAUUUGUUCAGUUAAACUGAGACAUAUCAGUGAAAACAAAUAUAUUUAAUAAUAUAGACUUGUCAUUUUAUAUUUUCAUAUGUUUGUUACUUAUGUAAAUGUACUUAUUUUUUCGAUAAUAUUGUAUUGUUAACCUAAAUCGUAACUAAAACUACAGUCUGUCAAGAAAGUGAAGAAAUUAAUGGCGCUGUCUCCUGUUGGCUGGCAACACUAGUUGUUUAUGAAACAAUCUUGACCAUUCUAUUUGGUAUUGCAAUGGCAAAUAAUGUGUUUUCUUUACUUUCUUGACAGACUGUAACUUAAUAUUGCUUACGUUUUACUAUUAAUAUUUAAGUUUCUGCUUAGCCUCGAACAAUUAAAAUGCACUAAGUAUUUUAAGGAACUGUUUCUUUAAACUUUUAAAACAAGUGUAUUUUAAUGUGGGUUGUGUACGAACAGACUGGGUCGCGCGCUCAACUGGCAUAUGUAUGUAGUAUUGUGGGAACAUAUAAAAAAAAUUAUUCCUUGUGAUCGUAGACAAAGACUAUAAUUACAUUCUUAAAAAUUAUGAAAAAGAAAAAA